CGUUUCAGUCUGUUUCUACAAGAUCCUGGCAUUCUUUUGAUCGUGUUUGUAUUUGGAAUUCGGAGGGGUGUAAAAGUUCUCCCUGGUGCGUGGUCCUGUGAAUUGAAAAGUUGUCCUGGAGGAAUGGAGGUGAAGAAGCAGUGAUGAGAGUUUUGAAAUUGUACGUGAAAAUUUAUCAACGAAGUGAUUGAAUAACCAGAAAAGCUGCAGAAGAUAGAGGAUCGAAGAAAUUAGAUAGUUCGAAGAGGAGUCAGUAAGCAAGAGGAAAUAGAAGCUCUCCAGAAACAGUUAGUACCCAAAAACAAGGGAAUUAGCUAGAGACCACACAAAAUAAAUAAAAAGAAAGAAGGUCCCUCUAUCAAUGCACAUGAAAAAUCCGAGUGUCCAACGAAGCGAUCAAUAAAUAAUCGAUAUAUAAUCAGAAAAGCUGCAGAAGAUAGAGGAUCAACGAAGCUAGGCAGGUCGAAGAGGAAUCAGAGGCCAAGAGGCAAUAGAAGACACGUGUCAGUGUAUUUCAACUCGUCGCAGAUGCUGAGGAUUCAACCGGGCAGCUGGUAGGGUCUAUUCCGAGGUCAGCGGGGUCUUGAGCGAUGAUCGGCUCGUCGGUGGCGACGAUCGAUCCCACGGAUCCACCCGAGGCCGUCGCCGACACCUGUUUCGAGGACCUUUUGUUUUUCGGCGGCGCGAACGACACGAGUGCCGGCUGCGGGCUCGCGGUGUCGGGAAUACUAAAUGACAGCCGUUAUGAUGGCGGCUCGCCGGUGAACGGGACGCUGCUCGACGCCGAGACCGACGGGCUGAACAACUGGUGGGCCAUGCUGGCCCUUGUCCUCGUCCUAGGCACAGCAGCAGGGAAUAUCCUGGUGUGUCUGGCGAUCGCCAAGGAGAGACGACUGCAGAAUGUCACCAAUUACUUUCUGAUGAGCCUGGCGAUCACGGAUCUGAUGGUCGCUGUUCUGGUCAUGCCGCUUGGGAUACUGACGCUUGUGCGAGGUUAUUUUCCGCUGCCAUCGGUCUACUGCCUCGUUUGGAUUUGCCUGGACGUAUUGUUCUGCACCGCGAGCAUCAUGCACCUGUGCACCAUAAGCGUGGAUCGAUACCUGAGCCUACGGUAUCCCAUGAAAUUCGGUCGCAACAAGACCAGGCGGAGGGUUAUUCUCAAAAUUAUCUUUGUGUGGAUCCUCAGCAUCGCCAUGAGCUUGCCGCUCAGUCUAAUGUAUUCGAAGGACGACGACUCGGUGCUGGUGGACGGCGCAUGCCAGAUACCGGACCCGCUUUACAAGCUGAUCGGCAGCAUAAUCUGCUUUUACAUACCGUUGGGCGUGAUGCUGCUCACGUACGCAUUGACGGUACGCCUGCUCGCCGAACAGAGACAGAACAUUGGGGGAACAACACCAGGAGGUUGGUCCUCCGGAUGGCUAGGUGGCCCGCAGGGACCACCCCUGGGAGGUCUCGAAAGGAGAGGCACCUGGAAACGAUUCCUGCUGAACAAGGGCUCGGGUGGCAGCGGUGGAACGCCACAACACACGUCCGGCACCUCCACCGAUACGGAACUGACGACCCUGGACUCGCACGAGCUCUGGCUACCGGAAAGUGAGCUGCCGCCCUCGGCGAUGUCCGCCCUUCACGCGUUCGGCGCCGAGAUGCUGAAGCUGUCGAGGGGCCUCGAAGGGAUCGGCAGCCCCGGGAGCCCGACGCCGGCCGGCACCCCGAGGUCCACCCCGCAGCACUUGGUGCAGCAUCAUCACCAGCAACAGCAUCCGUCGCAUCGGUGCAGUUACCGCCACGGUAGCGGUGAGAGCGGCGCGAGCAGCGUAUCCGGUUCGAGGACGAGCCUAUCGAUGCAAGAGGACCCUAGCUCCCCAACCCCGUGGAAGCACCGGCGACGAGCGUCCACAUUCAACGAGGCUCACCUGGAGCGCGCGGAGUCCGGCUCACCGAAGACGCUCAGGAAGCGGUCGUUCAGCUUCCACGAGCAGCCCGUGUUCAGCCGAGCAGUCACUUCGAGAAAAGACUCCUCGAACGAGGACGCUGGUCAGAGGAAACCCGCCGAGAAGCAAGACGGCGAGCUCAGCCUGCCGCCGCCCUGCACGUGCCCUUAUUUCGGGGAGUCCUCUAGAAGGCAGCCGCCGCAGCCGACCAGCGAGAUCGUGAUCGUGUCCAGCGACACGAUGAAACCGAUCACCGGCAAGAGUUUCGAAGGUAACAUCCUCAAAGGCAACAACAGCGGGAGGAUCGAGUCCAGCAGGAGCUACGAGCUGAACUCCGUGGUCACGUGGAGAGGAGGGAGGAGGGGGUCUAGUUUGGGAUGCACGAGGACCGCACUGCUAUCAACAAAAGCGAUCCCCAUCAGAAGAGCAGCGACAAUGCGUGCUCACAACGGUGCUGCCAGCAUCGGCUCUAAGCCGAGUAGUAAUUCGUCUUCGCCGUGCCUGCACAGAUACUCUAGUCAGGUGCGCAGCCAUCAUUCGAGGACCAGCAGCGUGGUGUCCAGAAACAGUUCCAGACACGGUCGGAUUAUCCAGCUGGAGCAGAAAGCGACGAAGGUGCUAGGCGUCGUCUUCUUCACCUUCGUCAUCCUUUGGGCCCCCUUUUUCGUCUUAAAUUUAAUCCCAGCGGUGUGUCCUGAUUGCGAGCGUCAGAUAGACCACACUAUCUUCGACCUGGCCACCUGGCUGGGCUACGCCAGCUCGAUGGUCAAUCCUAUCUUUUACACGAUCUUCAACAAGGUCUUCCGGCAGGCCUUCAAGAAGGUUUUGCUCUGCAGAUACAGGAACCAACCAUGGCGGCCGUCUAGGUAGGCCUUCGACCCCGGGAGACCGGGGAUCGCUGUGACCAGAGUUUGAGGCUCUAGGACACGGGUGAAGAUAUUCUGACGGAACUAUGAAGAAUUACUUUAGUGUCCGAGUGAGAGAUCGUUGGGAGGAUUGUUAAGAGUGAGAUAAAGAAAGGAAUAAACGGACAGAGGUGAAUUUUCAUCGGGAUUUAACGUCGACCGUGAUUUAAACCUUUAAUCUGCUGGAGAAAUGAUGCUCUUCGGCUUAAGCAGAUCGAGUGAACAGUAAUCCUCAGUGGUUGUUUGUAGAGUAGUUAUUGCUUUGAUGGAAGAAUUUUGUUGGAAAUAAUGAAAUCGCGUUCGUGUGGAAGGCUCAAAUACAGUGGAUGGUUUGUAGUGUAAGAUCUUCUUUAGCUCUUCCGCGCGAUGUUUCAACGAUUAAUACGUUAAGGGGAUGAUGAACGGUUUAUCUUCCAGUUAGAGGUAGAGGAUGUUAAAAAGGGAUUGAGUGGGCUGAGAUUGGAAGCUUGAGACGGCUCGACUCUGCAUUACUCUGGUUGAGGGUGGUAGAACUGUUACUAGGAUGAAGUUUACAGAGUUUUGUUUAGGAAAUUUAGAAGUUUUAGUGAUUGUUUUAUUUAGUCCCUAGUCUGAGGUGUUUCUGAUGAUUCUUUCCUGAAUUUGUAUCAAUAACAUUGUAUCCGAUAUUACUAAUUUAGUAGUUUACUGAUUUUAUUAAAGAACUAAUAGUCACUUCACUAAUUUAUUAAUUUAUUUUAGUAAUUUAGUUAUAAAGUUUGACAAGUAGGAAUGUUGUACUUGCGCACACAUGUUUAUGAGAUUGUAAAUAAUAAUAGAAAUAAAAUACAAAUUAAAUUAUAUUCCAAUCGAUGAAACCGAGAUAUUGUACAGAGUGAUAGACUAGUUGUAUCUGAUGCAAGACCAUUUAUUUGUUGCGAUUUUCUGACACGAUUUGCAAUUAAAAUGGAAGAUAUGGCUUUAAAUAUUUAAGAGAAUGCUCAUGUUCGAUUUAAAUGGUUAUUCAGGUUCAUAAGGAUAAAUUGCUUAACAAGAAAUAUAGCAUGCAAUGAAGAAUGUUCUGAAUUGUUUUAUGCAAUUACCACGACUCAGUUCUAUUGUGAGUCAUUUUAAGAAGCUGUCGUUAUAUUUACACUCUGGGACGUACACUAAUAGAUAAAAGGAUAAGGCACUGUAACAAUCUCUGGAUUAUGCAUCAACUUGUACGUACAUACACAUAAACAAAUUUAUGUAACAAAAAUACCAAGCAUUCAUUCUGAAAUAAUACAUUACAAAGUAAAAUAAAUUGUUCGACCAAUCAGUUGUUUAUACAGAAAUUAUGAAAUUAAGUUUAUAUUGUAACAUGUAACCCAGUGAA